CUAUCUAUUUCUCUGUUGGAUCUUUGUUCUCGGAUAUUUUUACAUGGCAACCGUUGAUGUCAUCAACGGUGAUUCAAUCUCAACUCUUCAUUCUGAUAUCAUCCAAACCCAAAUCUUGACCCGACUCGAUGGUCCGACGUUAGCCUCCACUGCAACAACCUCUUCUUAUCUCCAAACUCUUUGCACGGAAGAGAAACUCUGGCAAGAACUCUCCAUCGCCACGUGGCCUGCGAUCAAUGAUUCACGUGUUGCCCAAGCCAUUUCCUCUUUCCCUUCCGGUUACCGUUCUUUUUUUGCUGACUCGUACCCGUUCACUGAACACACGUGGCAGUCCGAAAAACAUGAUCCACCGACGGGAUUAAUCUCAGCCGUUGAUUUAUACUAUAGAGGAGAGAUUAUCUACUCGAAGAUACAAGAGAUGGAAACAGAGAAAGGUAAAUCAGGAUGGUUCUUGUCAUCGCCUUUUCGGGUCGAUAUACUCGACCCGAAAGAGUCGGUUCAGACCCGGAUUCGAUAUCCGGGUGGGGAUUAUGAAGCGUGGGUGAAAGAUAUGGAAGAGAGCAUGAAACUUAACUGGAUAUUAAUCGAUCCGAUCAAGAAACGGGCAGCGAAUAUAUCAAGUCGAAAGGCGGUGUCGGCGAGGCGGAAUUGGCUAACGGGAGAUUUAGAAAUAAGGUUUUCAACUAUAGUGACGGCGGCGGCGGCGGAAGUGGCGGCGGUUGUGUCAUGCGGGUCAGCGGAAGCGUGGAAAGAGGUGGAUGAGGAAGUGGGAGGAGAAAUACACGUGAGAGACGUGAGGCUACAAGUUGAGGACAUAGAAGGAAAAUGUAUGAAAGGGAGGGAUAGUUUGGUAAUUUUACAAGGGUUGUUAGAGGGAAAGAGAUCGUGUAAAGAUGAUGAAGAGAGAAGAGCUAAAGAAAGUUUUAUUUUGUUACGGUAAAUAACUAAAGAAAAGUACAAAAAUACUUUAAGUGAUCCAAUAAUACAUACAUUUCUUUGUUAUCUUUUUUUUUCGCUCUUUGAAUUUGUAAUAAAGAAAAUUGUUGAGA